UGCACCCCCAGACUGCGUGGGCUGGGGGUCCCAGAGGGCCGUGCCCCCCCUCCCUCUGCGGGGCGGUGCGGGGCCGGUCCCCCGCCCUGAGCGAGCUCCGUUCCCGUUCCAGGCGUUCAUUCCCUGUCAUGGAGCCCAGGCAGGCGGACGUGUCCAUCCCACUGCAGUCCUCCGGGUGGGGGGCGGCCGCCCCCGGCCCCUGCUCCGAGCCGCAGCCCCGGGACUACGUGCUCUGGUCGGUGUUCAAUGUGCUGCUGUGGUGCGCGCUGGGCUGCUGCGGCUUCCCCGCGCUCGUCUACUCCGUCAAGGCCCGUGACUGUAAGCUGUCGGGGGACCUGGAGGGUGCGCGGCGCCACAGCCACCGCGCCAGGGUGGCGAACAUCGUGUGCUCCGUGGUGGUCGCCGUGGUCUGGGUGAUCUUCAUCGUCAUCGCCGCCACCAUCAUGGCCAGAUUCAGGGACACCUGACCAGCGCCCGGCCCCACCCGCGGGGUGCUCCCCCGCUCCUCCUGCCUCCGAAAUGUGCCCGCUCGGGGCGCGGGGGCGCAGGGAGUGACCGCGGUGCCCUCGCUGUCCCCGCACGGCCGCGGGAGGGGAGGGGACGGGGCGGCCAGGCUGGGGCGUGGGGGACAGGGGACAGCCCCCCACUCCCCCCCUUGGCUCUGCUCACGCUCUUCCUGGCAUCUGUGACACACCUGUCGGUCACCGCUGCCACCAAUGGAGUUCGUCCCCUCGCUGUCACCUCCUUCACCGCGGGACAUCGCAGAGAGUCCUCGGGCAUCUUUGUGGCGUCCCCCUCCUGCUCCUCUCCCUGCCUCCAUCCUGCCGCGGAGCAGGGCGCUUCCAGCCCAAAUCCCAGGGAAGUUUCUUCCCGACAUCUGGGAUGUUAUAGAUACAUAUUGUAAUAUUGGCUUUUCGCAAAUGUUAAAAUAGAUUUUAUAUGUGUAGUGUUAAAGUAACUUUGCUAUAAAGAUAUAGUUUUUAUUUCUGUUGUUAAUUAAGCUUGGACAUAGCAGUAAAACAGCUAAGAUAAGCAUGCUUC